AUGGUGCAAGCCUACAUUAGCCAUGGAUUCCUGGACGAGGCUAGGGUUUUGUUUGAUCGCACUCCUGGAAAGAACGUCGUGUCCUGGAACGCUAUGAUCCAGGCGUAUGCCGAGAGAGAGAAUUUGCGGCGGUCAAGAGAUCUCUUUGACAGAAUGCCGCUCACGGAUCUCAUCUCCUGGACGACGAUCGUCACGGGUCACGUCGCGCAGGGCAAGAUCGACGAGGGUAGGGUUUUGUUCCUAGCGAUGCCGGAGAGGAGUGCUGUGGCUUGGAACGCGAUGAUCCAGGCGAGCUGCCAGGAAGGGGAUGUGGAUGCCGCGUCCGCGCUCUUCACGGCUAUGCCGGCUGGACGGGAUUGCAGCUCCUGGACGUCGAUGAUCUCUGGCUAUGCCAGGAACAAUCGAAUCGGGGCUGCGGUGGCGGUGUUUUGGCGAAUGCCGGCGUGGAGUGUGAUUUCCUGGAAUGCCAUGGCCAUUGCGCUGGCCGAGAGCGGCGAUCUCUCCUCGGCCAAGAUUCUCUUCGAUCGCAUCCCAGAGAAGAACAGCGUCUCCUGGAACGCGAUGAUCCAGGGCUACACCGUGAGCGGGGAUUUGAUCGCCGCUAUGGAGGUCUUCGAUCGAAUGCCGCAGCUCGACGUGAUCUCCUUCACCACGAUCGUCGCGGCGAUCGCACAGGGCGGAGAUCUGGAUCGCGCCAGGGUGCUGUUCGAUGCCAUGCCAGAGCGAAAUCUCGUGUCCUGGAACGCGAUGAUGGCCGGCUACGCCCAGAACGGCGAUCCGAGCUCGGCUAUGGUGCUGCUCAAGCUCCUGGAUCAAGACGGCCUCCGGCCCAACGCCAUCACUUUCGUCGUGGCGCUAGAUUCGUGUGCCAAUCUCGCGGCGCUGGCCCAGGGCAAGCUCCUCCUCGCCGAGAUAUCCCUCCUCCAGGACGAGCUGUGCCAGUCGAUCGAGCUCGGCAACGCAGCGAUCAAUCUCCUCGGCAAAUGCGGGCAGCUGGAUCAAGCCCGCCAGAUCUUCGAUUCCUGGAACACUGGCCGUGGUGAUGCCGUGGCCUGGAACACCACGAUCGCGGCCUACGCCCAGAAUGGCAUGGGCCGCGACGCGAUGGAGCUCUUCACGGCCAUGAAUCUCGAGGGCGUGGAGGUGGACGACGUGACGCUCUUGAGCGUCCUGGCGUCAACCAGCGGCUCUGACGCGAUCCAGUUCUUCCACUCCAUCGCCGCGGACUACCAAUGCGCGCACAGCCGCGAGCACUUCCUGUGCCUGGCCGACGCACUGGGGCGAUGGGGCAAGCUCCGUGAGGCGCUGGCGGUGAUCCUGGCGAUGCCCUACGCGCCCAACCUCAUCGCGUGGACGACGCUGCUGAGCGCUUGCAAGGGCCACGCGGACGUGGAGAUAGGCCAGGAGGCAGCGAGGAGGGCGAGCGAGCUCUGCUGCUACUCUGCCAGUAGAGAAACACAUGGACGUGGUGCCGCUGAGCAAGCGCAUUUGGUAGCGGAUGAGCCGGCUGAUCUGAUCAUGACCACCGUUCCAAAGUUUGAUUCAGAUGUGGUUCGAGUGCUUCCGCUGUCCAAGGAGAACACAAUCGUUUAUUCCUAG